CGUUUGUGGUUUUGGUAGUAUAUCACCAUAUGAUCAAAGUUAUAGUAAUCAUAAACAACAAAUUGAAGUAUUGGUUUUGCUCUCUUUGCUGUGUAGAAGAGACAAAAUGAGCUCUCACACUACAAUAUGGAGUGAUGAAAACGGCGUAGAUCCAGACGACGGAAAUUCUUGGAUGUGCAGUGCUUGUACGCUCCCAAUCUUCUCCACGCCCUUCACCACCAUCAACACCAAACACGGUCAAGUGCUCCUGCACGAUCAAUGCGCUAAUCUCCCCAAGAAAUUGAUGGAUAAUGCGUUUCACCCCGGCGCGCCCCUCAUGCUCAAGGAAAACUGGGAUUCAUCAUCAUCACAAUCUUGCCGUGAAUGUGGAAAAAAAUGCGGGAGUAUGUUCUAUCAAUGCCUUGAUUCUUCUUGUGAUCUUCGAUUCGACUUGUUGUGCAGUUUGCAGAUCAAAAUCUUGCACAGGAGCCAUAAACACAGGUUGACGAUGGUAAGGGGUCGGGCUGCCUUCAGAUGCAGCGCGUGUGGAACACAACAUGAAGGGCUAUCGUCUCCGUCGUAUCUGUGCACUGCUUGUGGUGUCUGGAUUCAUAAAGACUGCGCUUCCUCACCUAAUGCUAUCCGACUAGUGCAACCGCAGCAGCAUCAGCAUUCUCUUUUUCUCACCUAUAAUAUUAUACAUGCUUUUCCUGCUCGAGAUUGCAAAUGUGCAUUCUGUGGAGAAAGGAUCUUGUUGUAUAGUGUGGGUGCUUAUUUCUGUUUCAAGUGUAGCUAUUUUGCUCAUAUUAGGUGUGCAACAUCGGAUCCUCGCUGUUUUGAGUCAGUGUUAAUUCGAGAUGCAAAACUGGCCGAUCUGCUCCAUCUUCCGAUGGCAGAUGAACGCACAAGCAUCGUGCGUUAUAUGUUGGAGAAUACUGAUGCUGGAGAAGAAGAAUAUGGUGACGAGGAGGUUGGUAAUCCCAAAUACGGAUAUGAUCAAAGAUUGCAUAAACAUCCGUUGAUAUUUCAUGAUGAAGAUGAUAGUGGUAAUGUUGAUGAUGAAGACGAUGAUGAUGGCACAGGGCAUUCUUCAUCCCGUGUAUGCAGUGCGUGUGUUCAGUUCAUUUCCCCUCCAUUCUACAGCUGCUCCCAAUGUCCGGAUUUUCUUCUCCACGCCUCUUGUUUCAAUCUUCCAGCCAAAAUCAAGCACGCCUAUCAUCCAGACCACACCCUUUCCCUCUUCACAAAAGCACCCAUCAAACAUCGUGAUGUAGGCUUCUUCUGCCAUGGUUGCUGGAUUCUGUGCUCUGGAUUCGCCUACUGCUGCAUGACUUGCACAGACUUCAGCAUGGAUGUUUUGUGCGCACUAAUGCCUACCUCAAUCACCCACGCCUCUCACGGGAAGACGCACAUUCUUUACAUGUCGCGUUACAAUUUAGGCACGUGUAGCUGCUGCAACCUCAAGUUUGCAGGGAGUAUGUUCUAUGAGUGCAGCAAUUGUCGCCAUCUAAAACUACAUGCUCGCUGCGCUUUGCUUCCCACUACCAUUAGCCACAAAUUUGAUGCACACCCUCUCAACCUAACCACCGAUGAUGAUAAUGAUGAUACCCAACAAAUUUGUGAGGUUUGUGAAGAGGAUAUCGAUAAAAGGUGCUGGAACUACAGCUGCAACGACUGCGAGCAGUGGCUUCACAUCAACUGCAUUCCCUUUCUGGAUGCUAUUUCUAGGGUCAAGUUUGGUGGUAGUGUUGGUUUCAAAUGCCAUGACUGCCCCCUCACUGGUGUCAGAGAGAGUACACUUGCAGGCUACUACUGCGAUGAUUGCAAGUACAUAUUCAUCAGGUAUGAUGAAGAAGAUGCUAAUGAACAUCGUGCGUAUGAAUGCUCCAAGUGUUGUUAUAAGAUACAUGAGACCUGCGCCAUGUCUGAGAUUCCGUGAUAAACUUUAGCUGUUUCAAAGAAAUGAGAUGUUUCUUCAUCCACAUUUUAGUUGCAAGUUUAUUGUAUUCAGGUGUUUAUGCAGCCUCUUAUUACAAACAAUGAUGUAUCAGAAUAAUGUGUAUACAGCUUGUUCUUUUAUAUAUGAAACGUUACAAAUUAUGUUUUCUUUUA